CCAAUGCGGAGUCAAUUAAUUUCGAAUAUCGAAAAGUCGAAAAAUAAACGAAGAGCUUUUUAAGCAUACUAAUGGUUAUCCCCCACAAAAAUUUGAGAAUAUACAUGCCAAAAAUUUUGUCACGACAUUUUAUUCGGCAAUCUUAUCCAUAUAAUAAAACUCUUAUAUUAAAUUGGUCUCCUUGUAUUAAAUCAUCAAAAUUUUUGCGAACUUUUGAAGAAGCUUCCUUGUCUAUUAGUUUAAGAAUGUGGAAAUGGAAGGUGACGAUAACCAAAUGUACGAGACGAAAACAUUCCUCUCUUGCGCUACCAACAACGACGAGGAAAAAGUCAAGCGAAGCUAUUAUAAAAGAAGUUGACUGCAAUUGUCAACUGUAUCUUCAACCUUUAAUUGUAUGCUUUCGGCAAGAUUUGGAAAGAAAUGCUGAGAAUAUAUUUGUGACGUAUGACGAUUUAUCAAAAAAAGGUGCUUUACAAUUACUCGAUAAAAAUGAUUACGCUCAAUUAAUUACACGAUUGCAAAAUUAUAAUUCGAAAGAUUUCGUACUAAAAUGGCUGAAUCGAUUUGUUACUGAUAUGAAAUCGAUUAAUUUAAGUUUUUCUCUAGAUUUAUAUGCAUUAAUGAUAGUUUUAUAUGGAAAAUGGAAAGAUUAUGAUAAGUUGAAAAAUAUUUUUGUUGAAAUAUUCCAAAAGAACAUUUUAUGUGAUGUUGAAACAUAUAAUAAUUUUAUACAUAUAUGUG